CCCGAAUUUGCAGAGCAUCGGUCUCUGCAAAGGAUUCCUGAACAUGCAGAGCAUUGGUCUCUGCUACACAGUCCUGAAUUUCCUUUGAAGUUUCAUUGAGGCAUUGUCGUUUAUCUGGGAUAUCCUCCCUUCAAAAUGGAUUCCGGAUUCCGAGAAAAGAUCCUGAAACCCCGUCUGUGGUCGAGGGAAGCGCUGAAGUCUUUCAGUCUGCUUCCCUCUAAGUCCCUGUGGGAGAAGUUUUUCAACACGAAGAAGAAGGCCAGCACUGCGGAGAAUAUUGCGCCCAGAACUGGCCCAUUUCUAGACAUGAGUAAGACCGGUCCAAAGUUGUCGUCAGUUCCCCCGAAGCAGAACUUGCUUCAGAUUUCCCCACCAGAGGUGGUGUUUCGGGGCUUUGUCGCUCAUGAGGUCUCUGAAAUGGUGGUGUCUCUCGUGAAUAAGGACAAGUUGCCUGAGGUGGUGAAGAUCUCCAUGGAGAGCUCGCCUUACUUCCAGCUGGCGUGCUCCAACAACGCAUACCGUGUUGUGAUGCCGGGUGUGCCUGCCCAUGUGCGCAUCCGCUUCACCCCUGGCAAGGGCAAGGAUUAUUCCCACAAGCUCAUCUGCACCACUGCAAGGGAAAGGAUAGUCGUGCCAAUUCAGGCCAUUGGUGCCCCAGCUAUCCUGGAGUUCCCUGACCAGCUGGACUUCUCGGAGUGUCCGGUCAAGCACAGCAGCCAGAAGACUCUGCUGGUUCGUAAUGUCAGUAAGCGGGCAGCUCGUUACCAGCUGAGCACCCAGAGUCCUUUCUCCGUGGUUCCAGCCACGGGAACUGUGGGCGCUGGUGACACCGUGCAGGUGACAGUGGGAUUCCACGCGCUGAUGACCGGUGACUAUUCGGGGUCUCUGUGCUGCAACACAGGUGAAGAAAGUAGCCUCACAGAGCUCCACGCAGAAGCUGUAGAGCUCAACAUUGGGUUGAGCACAAAUUUCGUGGCGGUUGAGACGACGUUCAUCUCCAUGUCAAACCACAAAACCAUGUUCAUUGAGAACAGGAGUAACGUCACGGCCCACUUCCAGUGGAAGGCUUUUCCUACCGAGGAAGGAGAGAAUCGAGAGAAGAGGAGGCAGUGUCGUUUUCUGCGGCCGUGGUCAGAGAAGUCGCAGGAAAACUUAACGGAGGAGGAAACAUCAGAGUCAGAGAUGGGCUCUUGUGAAGAUCACACUGCCCGCCUGAGCAACAAGGUCCUGGCGGAGAUAGCAAAGGUGCAACAAGACCCCAUGCUGUUCUCCGAUGACAUUUUUUUCAUUGAGCCAGUGGAGGGAGAAAUUGGGCCGAAUAGUUCGGCUGAAAUCAAGGUGACCUUCAAACCCACAGAGGCACUGGAGUACCGAAGUGUGGCUUACUGCAACAUCUCAGGCUGUGAGAGCAGGCUGCCCCUGCGCCUCAGAGGGCACGGCAGAGGACCCCUGGUUGAACUGAACUGUCGCACACUGAACCUUGGGAACGUUUCUGUCAACACCCCCCACGUUCGUGAGGUGAGCAGCAGGACUUGGGAUGGAUCCUGAUGGCUCCUGAGGCAGCAGCAAGCCUGGUGGUGACUUACUAAAAUAUGAAUAUCGAUCUAAUAUCGAUAUCCAACUGAGAUGGACAAAAAUUCU